AUGGGUCCCAGGCACUGGCUGACUUCCAACUAUACGCAGUUUGCAGUCCCUUACUUCAUCUAUGAUAUCUACGCUAUGUUUCUGUGCCAUUGGCACAGGUACCAGGUUAAAGGGCAUGAGUCAAGAUGCGUUGAGACCCAGAUGCUGCACACUGCCACCCGUGCCUACUUGCACAAGGAAUUACUGAUGGUGAUUCACCAUCUUUUCAUGGUGUUGGUUUGCUUCCCUGUGUCUGUGCUGUGGCGUCAAGGCAAAGGUGACUUCUUCCUGGGUUGUAUGUUGAUGGCUGAACUUAGCACUCCUUUCGUCUGCCUUGGGAAGGUUCUCAUCCUGUACAAGCAGCAGCACACUCUUCUCCACAAGGUGAAUGGCAUGGCCAUGCUAGUCACAUUCUUCUGCUGCCGAAUCCUGCUCUUUCCAUAUAUGUACUGGGUAUAUGGGCAGUAUGCUGGCUUGCCCUUCUACCGUGUACCCUUCUUCAUCCCCGCUGAGUACAAUUUGGGAUCGGUCAUCCUCAUGGCUCCCCAGAUAUACUGGUUUGGCCUCAUCUGCCGUGGAGCGUUCCGUGUCUUCCAUGCCCAGGGUACCACCAAGGAACAAGUAUUGCAAAAUGGGCACAGGAUGGAUACCCAGGCACUGGACUAA